CGACACCGCAACGCCCUAACGGAGGAGUUAUACUCGUCUCUGUACGCCCCCGUACCUGAUCAUCCGACCGUUUGAACUCCCCACGAUGGAACCGUCGGGAGGUGCGGCGACCUUCGCUCUGCUGCUGGCCUGGCGCCUUGUCAAUGCCUUUUGCGUCCGCACCUUUUUCCAACCAGAUGAAUACUUCCAGGCCCUCGAGCCGGCUUGGUCCAUAGUCUUUGGCCCGGACAGCGGCGCCUGGCUCACUUGGGAAUGGCAAUAUCAGCUGCGGUCGUCUUUGCACCCCUUGCUGUUUGCAGGUCUCUACAUUGGCCUAGAUAGCCUGAUGCAGCUCCUCCAGCUGCCUGUCCAUAUCAGAGCCAAUGUCCUGGUGGCCGCUCCCACGGCUCUCCAGGCCGUGUUUGCUGCCCUUGGCGACUUCUAUACCUGGAAGUUGUCAUGUAAUGUACACGGCCGUUCUCGGCCCGUUGCUGCUGCCGCUCUAUGGAUGACUGUGGCGAAUCCGUGGCAGUGGUACUGCUCUACGCGUACCUUCUCCAACUCCAUCGAGACAACUUUGACGGCCAUGGCGCUUGCUUAUUGGCCAUGGGAUCUCCUCGGUGCCGCCGACGCCGUGCCCAGUGCCAAGUCAGCCGCCCGCCCUCCGGCGUCUCCCUCUACUCGUGGCUUGAGGAAGUCGCUGUUGCUUGCGGCCGUAGCUGUCAUGCUUAGGCCGACGAACAUACUAAUCUGGCUGGCCAUUGUCACCCUCAUGCUGACGCGCUUCUCCCUCGAUGGGGCAUCGCCCCUCACGCCAAAGACUCUGCUCGGCCUUGCCGUCGAGGCUGUCGCGUGCGGAUCCUCGGUCCUCGUCGUAUCUUUGCUCUCGGACCGCUUCUACUUUGGCUUCUGGACCUUCCCGCCCUUCAAGUGGCUCCACUUCAACAUAUCCCAGGCCCUGGCCGUCUUCUACGGACGCAAUGACUGGCACUACUACCUGUCGCAGGGCCUGCCCCUCCUCACCACCACGUUCCUCCCCUUUGCCCUGAUCGGGCUCUACAGGUCCACGGGCUUGGCCGCCUCGUCCAACGCGGUCCGGACCCUGUCCUUUGCCGUGUUCGCGACGAUCGGGGUGCUGUCCACCAUAACGCACAAGGAGGUCCGCUUCAUCUACCCCUUGCUCCCCAUCCUCCACGUCGUGGCCGCGCCGCACGUCUGCGCCUACUUCCUGUCGGAGCCCGCGUCCUCCGCGCCCGCCCCUCCGCAGACCAGAGCCACCGCACGUCGCCCUGUCCUCAGGCGCAAGGCCCUGCUAGGCGCUCUCCUGGCUGCGAACGCGACGGUCGCGGGCGUCCUGUCGCUGCUCCACCAGCCCGCCGUCCUCUCGGUCCUGAACUUUCUCCGCGCGGAGUACGAGGGCCUGCACCCCGACGGCCCCGCCCUCCGCCUGCCACCCCGCGGCUCGUCGGCCCCCGCCGUCGGGACCCCGGGCGCCGCCGGCUCGGACGAGCCCUUUGUCCUCUUCCUCACACCCUGCCACUCCACCCCGUGGCGGUCCCACCUGGUCUACCCGGGCCUGCGGGCGCGCGCCCUCACGUGCGAGCCCCCGUUGCACACCCAGCCGGGGACCAGGGAGCGGGCCGAGUACAUGACCGAGGCCGACCGGUUCUACGCGAACCCCGACUCUUUCCUGGCCGGCGAGAUGUGGCCCGACCUCUCGUUGUCGCCGCCGUCGUCGGACGCUAGUCAGAUCCCGCGCUACAUCGUUGGCUUCGAGGGGAUCCAGGAGGACCUGCUUCGCUUUUUCGAGAGCCCGGCGGGCUCGGGUGCCGGGCUAGCCAUCAAGCCCCGGCGCGUGUGGGGGGGCUGGAAUGGCUUUUUUAACGAAGACCCUCAGCGGAGAGGAAAGCUUGUGGUGUGGAAGAUGGACAGGCCUGUGGAAACAUCACGGGGAGGACCGUGAGCCUUUGUCGUGCAACUGGGCUAGAGUUUGUUCUCCGACUGGGCUUGCCUCGCAAAGGUUUUAUGUCAUCAACUCCAGGCUGGUCUCAAUCAGGUACGGCAACUGAUAAUAUACCAUGUUUGGCCUAGAUUGACUUGGCGAAAUCCUUGACCGACUUUGGACGGCUUGAUCCGUGAUCACUUUACAUGGUCAAAACUGCGGCGAGCCUAACCAAUGGGGCGCGCCUGUAUUUGGUCAGCGACAGGGUGGACCAGAAGCAAACCGAGGGCGAAGACCGGCGCUACCAUGAAGUUAAGACAAAGAUGACGGGCAAAAUACAGGACUCUUUACAACGUGACGUCAAUACGGAGAAUCCUUCAUAAACGAGAUAGCGAUAAGACAAACAGGAUGUGGACAGAGCAACAAAGAGAUAGUGUGUAAGGAGAAGAGAGAAAGAAAGGUCGUGGAUAGUGACAAAAGGCAGGUAUAGAGGAAAGAGAAAAAAACGUCGCAAAGUUGACGAGAUGGCUAGAGAAGAUACAACUAAAAAGAAUGAAAGGGGAGGGGGAGAGGGAGGCGAUCACGUCGCCAAAUUCUCGUGCAAGUAGUCUCAAAAAAAUGGUGAAAAUUAGCUGUAUGAGUCGAUGAGACAGAAAAUGUGGACGAAAACCCCCCUCGCUCCUGCUCUCCCGUGGAUUUUCAUAUCCUCUCUCCCCUUCCCCUUCCGAGAUACUUUGCCUCUCCCAC